UGUCAAAUAAAAUUAUGAUUUUUUUUUCCCUUAUUCGUCUUAUAUAAAAUUAUGAAAUGACUGCAACAAACAAUUCUAUCUUGUUUGUUAUUAUUAAACAUAGGAGCCGACAUGACUGUUAAUAAUACAAUUGCACAUCAACGCUUAAUAUUAAGUGGGGACCGAGAAAGAUUCAAAGAAUUAUUGAGAAGACGUUUAAUUGAAUGUGGCUGGAGAGAUCAAGUGAGAAUGUUGUGUCGUGAGAUAGUUAAGGAAAAUGAGAGCAGCAAUGUCACUUUUGAUAUGUUGGUGACAAGGGUCACGCCUCGUGCUCGAGCAUUAGUCCCCGACACAGUGAAGAAAGAAUUACUACAGAAAAUUAAAACACAUCUUUUAACACAAAAAGAUCAGUAGACUUGUUAGAAUUUCACUCAAUGGUAUCGAAAUAAAAUUUGUUUUACAACCAACAGUAUAU